ACGCGAUUUAUUUAUUUAGCCAAAGUAGAUCGAAUCAUUUGCCCAUCAUCUGCUUGACAUUACGGCUACCUACCUACAUGGUGCGCUUCACGGCUCGCCGAAGCGCACCGGAGCUGGUGGUGCCGGCGCGGCCGACGCCCCACGAGGUCAAUACCCUCUCCGACAUCGACGACUUCUCCGAGUGCCGGUACUACGCCUCUGCGAUCGAGUUCUUUAGCCGCGACCCGACGGUGGACAACGUCCACCCAGCCAGAUCAAUCGUGGCGGCCCUCGCAGCCGCGCUGGUUUACAACUACCCGAUUGCCGGCCGCCUCCGGGAGAUCCCCGGCGGCAAGCUCGUGGUUGACUGCACCGGCGAAGGGGUGGUGUUCGUGGAGGCUGACGCCGACGUGUCGCUCGAGGAGCUCGGCGGCGGGCAGCCCCACUAUCCGUGCGCCGAGGAGUUUGUCUGCGAUGCCGUGGUCGAGCGCGGCAGUGGCGCCGUCGACGUAGUUGGCCGGCCGCUCUUCUACAUGCAGGUGACGAGACUAAAAGACGGUGCAUUUGUGCUGGGUUUCCAAGUGUGCCAUGUCAACGGCGAUGCUGCCGGCGUGACGCAGUUCAUCAGGGCGAUAGCCGAGUUGGCACGCGGCGAGGCACAUCCUUCCAUAUCGCCGGUGUGGGAGAGGGAGAUCUUCAAGGCGCGUGACCCACCUCGCGUCCGGCAUGACGUCUACCCAGCGUAUGACCCAUCGUCGCCGAGUAAAACUGUCCUCGGCGACCAUGACGACGUUGACGACCCGAUGCUGUCGACGCCGACGGAAGAUAUGGUUGGGCAAUACCUCUGCUUUGGCCCCAAGGAGCUCGCCGCUCUACGCGGGCAUGUGAAUAUGGCGCAGCCAUGCACGACGUUCGAGCUCUUAGCCGCAUUCCUGUGGAGAUGCCGCACGGCGGCGCUGGGCUACCGUCCCGGGCAACGCGUCCGGCUCGUGCUCCGUGUGGACGCGCGUGGCAACGACAGGUGCAAGCUCGACCCGCCGAUCCCGAGAGGGUACUACGGCAACGCGGUCCUCCGGCCGAUGGCGGAGGCCGGAGUCGACGAUCUGUGCAGCAGGCCUCUGGAGCACGCCGUAGGGCUCGUGCGGAAGGCGAAGCUCUGUGCCACGGAGGAGCACUUCAGGUCCAUGGUGGACAUGAUGUCGUCGGCGCGCACGCACGAACGGUUGGUAGCGAGUCGAGACAAAAUUGACAAAAAUGAUCCCUGGGAAAGAACUCACAGAGUGACCCUUCAAAGAAAAUAUUUCACCCGACUAACCCUUUUGUGUGACGUCCGACACCUAGGCGCCACACUACACUGUGUAACGCCUAGCUGUUCGACGCCACACCCCCCGACCACCUGGCAGAGAGGGCCCAUCCCUCAGGCCAUGUGACGCCUAAGCCUCAGGCGUCACGCAUUGUAAUAUGUGGCGUCAAACGCUUAGGCGCCACACAUUGACUUAACAAGCACGGGCCAGCCCCCCUCCCCACCCCCUCC